AGUAUGCGCUUUGUAGUUUUUAUUGGGCGCCAAGCCGAAGCAAGGAAGUUAGAGAUGGAAAUAUGGAGGCUGCCAAUCUCAGCGUCGCAAAGAGGGAAGCUAAUAUCAGCUGGCUACACUUCCCUCUCUUCACUUUCUUCUGUCUCUUCAUCUGACCUUGCUCGGGAAUUAAAAGUUUCUGAAAGUGAAGCUCUGGAUAUUCUGAAGGUUGCAUCUCAUUCACAUAGUAAGGGAUCAGAAAUGUCGAGUGCAAAUUGUUCAAUUGUUGAAGGUGCACAGAAUGCCUGGGAUUUGCUCCAUGAGGAGGAGUCAUUGAUGCACAUAACUACGUCCUCUGCGGAUCUAGAUAACAUCUUGGGUGGUGGAAUACAUUGCAAAGAAGUUACUGAAAUUGGUGGAGUCCCAGGCAUUGGUAAAACACAGCUGGGGAUUCAAAUAGCUGUUAAUGUUCAAAUUCCAGUUGAUUUUGGGGGCCUGGGUGGGAAGGCCAUAUAUAUCGACACGGAAGGCAGUUUUAUGGUGGAGCGUGCAUUUCAAAUUGCUGGAGCAUGCACAGAGGACAUGUCAGAAUAUAACAGGUUCUUAAGGAAGGAUUUCCAAGCAUGCAAAGUCAGAAUGCAACCCAAGGAUAUGCUGGAAAACAUAUUUUAUUUCCGUAUCUGCAGUUACACAGAGCAAAUUGCCCUGAUAAAUUACUUAGACAAGUUCAUUUCAGAACAUAAAGAUGUAAAGGUGGUUGUUGUGGAUAGUGUUACCUUCCAUUUCCGUCAAGAUUUUGAUGACAUGGCCCUCAGGACUCGAGUUCUUAGUGGAAUGGCUUUAAAAUUGAUGAAGCUGGCCAAAAAGUACAGUUUGGCGGUUGUUUUAUUGAAUCAGGUGACAACUAAGCAUACAGAAGGUUCCUUUCAAUUAGCUCUUGCACUAGACGAGAAGAUCAAUAAGAGUUGGUGGCUACUAAUUCUUGCCUUCUCCCUCUCGAUUAUAACAAUUAAACUCUCUUCUCUUCACCUUAUCAAACAAAGAGAGGGUCCCUUCCCUUUCGCCAACCUCACCCUAUCACUCACUCACUCGGCUCAAUCUAAAAAAACAAUGGCCUCUGCUUCUUCUCUUACCCUAUCCCAAGCCCUCCUGGCUCGCGGCAUCUCUUCCCAUGCCUCCAACCAAUCCUCUGACAACCGCGUCUCUCUCUCCACCCUCUCUCUUCCCACUUUCUCCGGCCUCAAAGCUACCGGCCCCCGCGCUUCCACUUCCCGUCGGCGCCUUCCCACGCGCUCCAACCAGAAACGCCAAGUCCGUGCUGCUGCCGUGGAGACAAUUGGCACUGCCGCCGAGACUUCCUUGGUGGAGAAAUCGAUCAACACGAUCAGAUUCUUGGCUAUUGAUGCUGUCGAGAAGGCGAAUUCAGGUCAUCCUGGGUUGCCCAUGGGCUGUGCUCCGACGGGUCACAUUUUGUACGAUGAAGUCAUGAGGUAUAACCCGAAGAACCCUUAUUGGUUCAACCGUGAUCGUUUCGUGUUAUCCGCCGGUCACGGUUGUAUGUUGCAGUAUGCUCUGCUUCACCUCGCCGGUUACGAAAGUGUCCUGGAAGAUGAUUUGAAGAAUUUCCGUCAGUGGGAAAGCAGAACCCCAGGACAUCCCGAGAACUUUGAAACACCUGGAGUUGAAGUCACAACUGGUCCUCUUGGUCAAGGUGUUGCAAAUGCUGUUGGAUUGGCUCUUGCAGAGAAACACUUGGCUGCUAGAUUCAACAAGCCAGACAAUGAGAUCAUUGAUCACUACACAUAUGUUAUCUUGGGAGAUGGUUGUCAAAUGGAGGGUAUUGCUAAUGAAGCUUGUUCACUUGCUGGACACUGGGGUCUUGGGAAGCUUAUUGCUUUCUACGAUGACAACCACAUUUCGAUUGAUGGUGACACUGAAAUUGCCUUUACUGAGAGCGUUGAUAAGCGUUUUGAGGGGCUUGGGUGGCAUGUUAUAUGGGUCAAGAAUGGAAACACUGGCUAUGAUGAUAUUCGUGCUGCUAUUAAGGAAGCAAAGGCUGUCAAAGACAAACCCACUAUGAUCAAGGUGACAACCACUAUUGGUUAUGGUUCUCCAAACAAGGCAAACUCAUACAGUGUACAUGGUAGUGCACUGGGUGCCAAGGAAGUGGAUGCUACUAGGAAAAACCUUGGAUGGCCAUAUGAGCCUUUCCAUGUACCUGAAGAUGUUAAAGGUCACUGGAGUCGCCAUGUCCCUCAAGGUGCUGCUCUUGAAGCCGAAUGGAAUGCCAAGUUUGCUGAAUAUGAGAAGAAGUACAGAGAGGAAGCUGCAGAGCUCAAGUCAAUCAUCACUGGUGAACUACCAGCUGGCUGGGAGAAGGCACUUCCAAAAUACACUCCCGAGAGCCCAGCUGAUGCUACCAGAAAUCUCUCUCAACAAAAUCUCAAUGCCCUUGUAAAAGUACUCCCUGGUCUUCUUGGUGGAAGUGCAGACCUUGCUUCUUCCAACAUGACCUUGCUCAAAAUGUAUGGUGAUUUCCAGAAGGACACCCCUGAGGAACGCAAUGUUAGGUUUGGUGUUAGGGAACAUGGAAUGGGAGCCAUCAGCAAUGGCAUUGCCCUUCACAGCCCUGGCUUGAUUCCAUACUGUGCUACUUUCUUUGUCUUCACUGACUACAUGAGGGCUGCCAUUAGGAUUUCUGCCUUGAGUCAAGCUGGUGUUAUCUAUGUUAUGACCCAUGAUUCUAUUGGUCUUGGGGAAGAUGGACCAACCCACCAGCCAAUUGAGCACUUGGCAAGCUUCCGUGCAAUGCCUAACAUCUUGAUGCUUCGUCCAGCUGAUGGAAAUGAAACUGCUGGUGCAUACAAGGUUGCUGUCCUCAACAGGAAGACACCCUCAAUUCUUGCCCUCUCUAGGCAAAAGCUGCCCCAACUAGCUGGAACUUCCAUUGAGGGGGUUGAAAAGGGUGGCUACAUUGUUUCUGACAAUUCUUCAGGCAAUAAACCCGAUGUAAUUCUGAUUGGAACUGGUUCUGAGUUGGAGAUUGCUGCUAAAGCCGCUGAUGAACUAAGGAAGGGAGGAAAGGCCGUUAGGGUUGUCUCCCUAGUUUCUUGGGAGCUCUUUGAUGAGCAAUCAGAUGCCUACAAGGAAAGUGUUUUGCCAUCUUCUGUAUCAGCUAGGGUGAGUAUCGAGGCUGGAUCAACAUUUGGGUGGGAGAAGAUUGUUGGAGCCAAAGGGAAGGCAAUUGGAAUUGACCGGUUUGGGGCAAGUGCACCAGCAGGGAGAAUAUACAAGGAAUUUGGUUUAACUCCAGAGGCUGUUGUUGCAGCUGCAAAAGAACUUUGCUAGGUUUGGUUAGAACUCUCAGGAGAAACUUGUGAUUUUGGGUUGGAGAUUCCACUGAAGACGUCAUUCCAGUUGUGACACGUUCUCUUUUGUUUUAAUAAGAAACAGAAUCAAUUUUCUUCUGUUGCUUAUGAUUCAUCAAUAGCAACAUGGAACGAAACUGAGGUUAGAGUUUCUGUAAGUUUAUGAAUUUCUUACUCCUCUUGGACUUUUCCCAGAAUUUUGGAUACUUGUUUUUUGUUAAGUUGGAGUUGUCUACUACUGUAAUUUCGGUUAGUGUUCAAGAACCUCAAAUCAUUAUUUUGAUCAUAUAUGCUUGGCCUAAGAUGUAAGACGAGUUUGAAUAAUUUUGCUUUUCCAAAUAAGUAUAACCAAUUUGAUUCUCCACCCUCAAUUGCUCAUUUCUUCCUGUAGUUUAACGUUUUGAAUUGAUGUAUCAAGUAAAUAAAGAAAAGGACGGCCGUACCUUGAAUAAAAAAAGAGUGAUGGGUCACGGGUGGUAGAAAUUAGUG